ACCUCCCUGCUUGUCGGAGGUACACGGGCCGUGCAGUUGAUGUUUCAACAGGAAGGCGGCGGAGCCGUGCUGGGUGUGCUGACCGAGGGCAGCAUGUCCCGCUACUCGGACUGGUUAUAUGGAGGAGUGGACCCCAUGCUGGCUGGUAAUGGGGGGCCCGAGUGUGCGUCCUUCUUACCGCCCACACAGCGACUUGUGGAGAGCCUGGUGCUGCUGGUCGUGUCUGCGGGGGAGAUCGGGCUGUCACUCGGCAGGAUCGUCUGCCACAAGCACGGGGAAGGGGAGCUGGCUGCUGUCAGUGGCCGGCCGGACAGCCUGGGGAAGAACCUGUUGUUGGUGGCGCUGUGCCUGACCUUCGGGGUGGAGGUCGGCUUUAAAUUCGCCACCAGGACUGUCAUUUACCUGUUGAACCCGUGUCAUGUGGUCACCAUGCUACAGCCAAAACCGUAUUGA